AUGCAGGGCACAGUCUUCAUCCACCAAGGUCCCUACGAAUCAAUCCCUGAAACUGCUUCCCCAGGUCUUCGAUUCCUCUCCCGCUUCCUCCCAGCCGUGGACUCGGUCAAUCCAACCCAGGACCCCGUUGAUUGCUUUUUCAAAUCCAACGCAUCCAUCAUUAUAGGCAGCAAUCCUUCGAAACCGGUGCAGUCCGCCACGCAUUUUGAAUCCCGAAGUCGUUUUCUGUCUCAUUUUCACCGCCACAUACACAUGGCCUGGGACAUGGACCUUACCAACACAAAUAUCCACACCGUUGAUUUAAAUACAAUAGGGGAGAGUCAACACCCCCUCGAUAGGCCUAGGCCUGAAACAGAUGCACAGGACCCGUAUCCUUUGAUUAGAUACUCCGUAAUGUUCGAGGCCACGUCGGAAACAAUCUUUAAAGAUGACCCAGACCAGUUCCUCGUCAAAACCCGCGAAUUCAAUGUCCUCGAACUAGAGGGAACCAGCCAUGCUGAUUUAAAAAUCAUCCAGAUGCGCGUUUUCUUCGAUGCAAAACCUAUACAAGCUCGCGCUGCUUCGUUGACAAAGUCAUCGGCGUACGGCGAGUCACAACGAGAGACUUAA